AUGACGGAUAUCUCCAAAAAACGAGGACUAGAUAAAAUGGACAGUGGAGACGAGUGUAUGGAACAAAGAGAUCAAAGUAAUCAGAAAAUGGAAGAUGUUCAGUUAAGGGAUAUUAUGCAGGGCAUUACAAGUAUUCAGACUACUUUGGCGAAUUUUAUGUUACGGCUCGAUGGACAAGGACGACACAUAGAUGAAAUCACAAAAGAAAUCAGAGCGAAAAAUGGCAUACAAGAAAGACUAGAAACUGUUCAACAGCAGGCAAACGACACAAUAUACCUUGUGACAGAACUGCAGGAUAACCAGAAAAAAAUGGAACGUGAAAUGAACAGACUCAAAGAUUAUGUAGUUCGUCUUGAAUACCGCCUAAAUUCGCAAAGUAGCCAAAUAAUUGAUCUCAAGUCAAGAUCAAUGGAAAAUACAUUUAUUGUUAGUGGACUAGAGGAAAAAACCCCAGAGAGGAAGUCGCCAGAAAACUUAGCAAAAAUUCUGAGAAAUGUAUUUAUAUCGGAAAUGGAAAUGGAGGAGACAGUAGUAGAUGAAUUCUAA